UGACAUGUACUUUUGAUGUGUACUUGUGUGGCAAACAAAUUCUAUUCAUCUUCUCUUUCAGGUCCUCUGAAGAUGGACGUUUUUUCUGACAAGAGACCUUUGCUCGGAGUUUGCAAGAGCACAGGAUCCUCAGGAACCAGCCCUCCUUACUGUUGUGCUGACCUGUAUUCACUCAGGACAGGGGAACUAGUCAAAUCAAUUCAGUUCAAGACCCAGAUUUAUGAUCUUCACUGUAACGAGCAUAUUUUUGCCAUCAGCCUGCAAGAGAAGAUUGCUGCGUUUGACAGCUGCAACUUAACCAAGAAGUUUUUUGUUACAAGUUGCUACCCAUGUCCUGGACCAAAUCUCAAUCCAGUCGCACUGGGAAAUCGCUGGCUAGCUUAUGCUGAGAACAAGUUAAUCAGAUGUCACCAGUCUCGAGGAGGAGCUUGUGAUGAUAAUGCACAAUCUUAUACGGCAACAGUGAUCAAUGCUGCUAAGACUCUGAAGACCGGUCUCAGCAUGGUUGGGAAGGUUGUGACCCAGUUGACUGGUAGUCUGCCAGCAUGUACUUCAGAGGAAGAAGGGUCCCCUCACAACUUGAGUCGUCGUAGCCUCCAUAACGCUGGUGUGGUCACAGUCAUUGACAGUGAUAAAGUUGGCGAGGGACAGGUCCUGGUGAGCGAGGACUCAGAAAGCGAAGGAUUGGUGGCUCAUUUUCCAGCUCAUGACAAACCCAUAUCCUGUAUGCAGUUCAAUCCCAGUGGAAUGCUGCUCUUGACUGCUGACACGCUUGGUCAUGAUUUUCACGUCUUCCAGAUCCUCACCCACCCAUGGGCAUCUUCACAGAGUGCUGUUCACCAUCUAUAUACAUUACACCGUGGAGAGACUGAAGCAAGGGUCCAGGACAUGUGUUUCAGCCAGGACAGUCGUUGGGUGGCAAUCAGCACCCUUCGUGGUACUACCCACGUAUUUCCAAUCAACCCCUAUGGUGGUGCUCCCUGUUCCCGGACGCAUAUGUCUCCAAGGGUUGUCAACCGGAUGUCACGCUUCCAGAAGAGUGCUGGCUUGGAGGAAAUUGAGCAGGAGCUGAACAGAAUGUCGACAUGCGGAGGUUUAGGCGGAGGCAGUAUUGGAGGCGGUGCGUCUGUCCUCGGCGGAGCAGGAGUCAUUGGGGGCCGCUGUAGCCCAAUACCUGGUCUUUCCAGUAGCCCAUCAGGGUCUCCGCAUCACGCCAAGCUAAGCAGCCAAGAAUUGUACAACAACUUCACCAAUAACAACAUGGCAAAUCCACGAUUGUCUCCUUUGCCUAACCUCAUCGUUGUCCUACCUCUGGCUCAGAUCAAACAACCCAUGUCCCUCGGCACUAUCACUAAACGAACUGGCAAAAGUAAGCCACCCCCUCAGAUGUCCCCAAGCAAGUCCAGUGGAGGGGAGUUCUGUAUUGCUGCCAUCUUCGCCUCUUCCCGAUCAUGGUUCAUCACAAACCCCAACAUCAAAAGAGAAAAAGAUCAGUCAAGGCAAAGCAUUGUCGACUCACUGUACAUCAUCAGCUGCUAUGGUAACUUGGUAGAGCAUGUUCUGGAACCUCGGCCAAUAAGCACUGCUCAAAAGAUAAGCGAUGACACUGCUUUGGAACUUUGUACUUCCCCGAGGGCAUGCUGGACUUUAGCAAGAACCCUACAGUGGAAUGAGCUGCAGCCACCCUUCAACUCCAACCAUCCAUUAGUUUUGGCCUGCAGUAAAGUGCAAUACUUUCAGUCCCUUUUGGCAGGGAUGUACCCAGGGAGCCAAAGCAAGCAUCAUGAGUCAUCAGACAGCCUUUCAUCUGAUCACAUUGGGCAGGAUGAUGAGGAGUGGCUCUCUCAGGUGGAGAUUGUGACACAUACAGGUCCGCAUCGUCGGCUGUGGAUGGGACCCCAAUUUCAGUUUAAGACCAUUCAUCCCUCAGGCCAGACUACAGUCAUCUCAUCUUCCUCCUCAGUACUUCAGUCUCAGGGUCCAUCUGAUGCACAGCAGCCCCUCCUGGACUUUGACACAGAUGACCUGGACCUACAUAGCCUGAGGAUGCAGCCAUUGCGUUCGGAUCCAGUCAGCAUGCCUGGGUCAUCAAGGCUGUUAGCUGAUCAUCAAGGACAAGCUAACAGUAUGGAUGCAGGUCCAGAUACUUUUGAUGGGCGUGACGUGACCCUUCUGGAGGUAUGUGGAAGCUGGCCUGAGAGCUUUGGUGUGCCGCGGCACAAUAUCACAUUCACAGAUGCAAGCGAAGAAAGCCUCAGAGAGCGAUUGGCAGAUGCUAUGUCUGAGUUUCCUUCUCGAGAUGUCGAAGGGUCUGCUACAGAACUGCAGAGAGAGGGCAGCAUCGAGACACUCAGCAACAGCUCAGGCUCAACCAGUGGCAGCAUCCCGCGAAACUUUGAAGGUUAUCGUUCCACUCUGCCCACCAAUGAGAACCAGCCACUGAGCCUCUUCUCCAGCAACUUCCCUUAGAGUCUUACCUCAUCUUCAUUGGCUUUCAUUUUCACUGCCGAACACGCAAUUUCACAUAACCAAUAGGCAACUAAGUGGUAAGAAUAAAUAUCACCAUGAGCAAUA